GACACAACCCUCUUCAUUGAUGAAAAUAAAAGUGGAGAAGUGCACAUUGUUGUUGACAGACUAAAUUAGAUCAGUGUACUAACAUAUUUUGAUGAUAUCUUCUAUUAAAAAUGACUUGACAUUCAAGAAAACCCCCAGUAGUUUCAAAUAAAUCAACAGAGAGGUGUAUGAUGAAAAGAAGUGCCAACUUGCUGCUAUGCCAAGACUGAAGAGUUUAAGAUGUUUCAUUAUACUGCUCGCUUUGUCUGUUGCAAUUUGUUGUUUCCUAGGAUACAUCCUCUGGAAUGAUGAUCCAAUUGCAGGACUGAAUCAUAGACCCCGAUUUCACAUGAAAUCUCGAUAUAGAUUGGGGGAGGAGUUUGACACUCUAAACGUCAGUGAUCAUGGGGAUAUAUAUAAAGAAGAAGUCCUUUUUGACCUGGCACAGAUCAAGACUAAAAAAGAUCAGGAAAUUCAUGAUGCAGGAUAUCAUCAACAUGCUUUCAAUGUUUUAGUCAGUGAUAAAUUAUCAUUUACACGACCUCUUCCAGACGUACGAAAUAAAGUAUGUAAAGACAAGCAUUAUCCUGAACAUCUUCCAACCGUGAGUGUUGUCAUCUGUUUCUUUAACGAGGCUUUUUCAGCAUUAAUACGAACAGUACAUUCAGUUUAUCAUCGAUCACCCAAACAUCUGAUACAUGAAGUUAUUCUCGUUGAUGAUUUUAGCGACGAUGAUGAGCUAAAGUGGAGAUUAAAGAAAUAUUUAGCAUUAAAUCUUCCUGGUGUGAAAGUAAUUAGAAGUCAUGAGAGGCAGGGUUUAAUACGAGCUCGUAUGUUUGGAGCUGAUAAAGCAACAGGGGAGGUUUUGGUAUUUUUAGACAGUCAUUGUGAAGUAAAUGUUAAUUGGUUAGAACCGAUGUUAGCUAGAAUAUCUGAGAAUAGAAAGAAUGUUGUCGUACCAAUAAUAGAUAUCAUCAACGCUGAUACAUUUAUCUAUGAAGCCUCACCUCUCGUUAAAGGUGGAUUUAAUUGGGGUAUGCACUACAGAUGGGAUCCUAUUUCAUCUAAUACUCAUGCAUCUACUCAUGCUGAACCAAUAAAAUCACCGACUAUGGCUGGUGGAUUGUUUGCCAUGAACAGAGAAUAUUUUCAUGAACUGGGAGAAUAUGAUCCUGGUAUGGAUAUCUGGGGCGGUGAAAAUUUAGAAAUAUCUUUCAGGAUCUGGCAGUGUGGUGGUAGAUUAGAAAUUAUACCGUGUUCACGAGUUGGUCAUAUCUUCCGUAAACGACGUCCCUACAAUUCACCAGGUGGAGAUAGUUUUAUGAAGAAUUCGUUACGAGUUGUACAUACAUGGAUGGAUGAAUAUAAGAAAUAUUUUUUUAAUGUAAGACCUGAAGGUGAGAAGACCGUAUAUGGAAAUAUUUCUGACCGUGUGGCACUAAGAAAGAAAUUAGGAUGUAAAAGUUUUAAAUGGUAUUUAGAUAAUGUUUAUCCUGAACAGAAUAUACCUGAUACGAAUGGAGAGGGUAGAAAGGGUAAUAUGAUGGCACAACUUAUACGUAAAGAUAUUGUUAUUAAAAGAAAAGGAUUGUUAAAACAUAUGGGAUCAGGAUUAUGCGUUGAUUCAGAAGGUGACAUACACGAGAAGAGAACAUUGUUACGAUUGGCUGUUUGUAAUUUAUCAAGUGGAAGUAGAAAACAGACCUGGUAUGAAACACAAGAUAAAGAGUUCCGUCUGGCUAAUGUUUUAUGUUUAGACAUUCAGUCAGAGGAGAAACAUGGAUUUGCUCGACUCAUGAAAUGUGGUGGUUUUGGAUCUCAAGAAUGGGUGUGGAAUACCAAGGAUGGUGUAUCUCAGUUGUUUAAUCCAGCCAGUGGAAUGUGUUUAACAACAAAUACAGUAGAACCCGGGAGUUAUCUAACCUUAUCUGUGUGUUCGAACAGUCGUCUUCUCAACUUUGAUAUACUUGAAGUGCCAUAGUUAUGAGCAUGGACCUUAAAAUCCUUGAAAUGCUGACUAUACAUUUUAUUUUAACCAUUUUUUUGAUGAUUUGAUCUUAAAACAAGCUUUAAAUGGGUAUUGUGGAAUGUGUUUUAAUGCGGUUUUUUUUUACCAUUUGAUCUUAGAACAAACUUCAAAAAGCUAUCCUAGAAUAUGUUUUAAUGAGUUUUUUGACCAUUUGUUCUUAAAAAUGGGUGUUGUGCAAUGCAACACGUUUUAGAAGGUGACGAUAUGUAAACAUUACUCAUUAUCAACAUUCAAAAUGUAUUGAUUACAGAAUAAUAUUAAUUUUGUGGACAUGGAAUUUAUUGUAUGACUUUCAGUCCAGAUCUUGUUAUUGACAUGUCUGUUAAAUCUUUUUAGAAUCGUAUAUGAUAUCAAAAUAUUUAAAUUUCAGAUAAAUUGUAUGACCCUUACUUUUAUUAUUAUUAUUAUUCUUGAAGGAUUGAGGAGCAGGCAUAGCCUAUAUGAUCCCUCUUCUAGAUCUCAACAUUAAGCCACAGAACCAGGGCACAAAGAGCAAAGAACCAAAUGUUUUUAAUGUGAUUGCACAACCCUAAUUCCUACAAUAAUGAUAGUAUCAUAUUGUACCAUUGAUAAAUGUUUUAUUUAUUUGAAUCCAUUGUGAACAAGGGGCCAGUUUUAGCUCUAAAUCAAUGGAGAAAGCAAUAUCAUUCUAGUUUUCAUUAAUAAUAGCCCUGUUUGUUUCUCUGUAUAUUUAUUUAUUGUCAAAGAUCGAACUGUUUUUAGUGUAAAUAUAUUGGUGUGUGUCAGAAUUAAUGUAAAUCUGAAAUUGUGUGUGGUAAUACAGAAAUGUUAAUAGAACGGAACUGAAAAAAUUCAGUAUUUGAAAUAAGUUGCAUGCUUUGUCUUCUGUGUAACCCGUAAGCUUCAAAAUUUUGUCAGCUAGACAUAACUUUAUGAACCAAAGUCAGAGUUCUUUACACAGAAAAAGUAAAGUAUGGACACUUAAGUAUUUUUGUUUAAAUUGUUUGGUUGAAAAUGUCUUAAUAUCUAAUAUAGUUCUGUCACUAUUACAUAUUGUCAAAAUUGAAAUUUGUAUAAAUAGUCACAUUUUUAAUACCGGUAUGUAAUGGAUGACUGGUGUCUUAUUUGUUGAAUGCUUUAUAAAAUAUAUUGAAAUGUAUAAAUAAUGGGUAUGUAUUUGUUGGUAUAAAAUAUUGUUUAUUAUCAUUUUAUCCAUUGUAAAAACUUUCUACAUGCCUUCCAAAAAACGUCUUAGUCGUUGGGAUGUAAGGAAAGACCAAUGUCCUGUGUACACAUUGACCUGUGUAAAAGAACCCUGGAUAGUUGGAAUUGGAAUUCGAUAUAAGAGUUUUCUAUAGCGCGAGUAUCAAAUUAAAAUUUCACUAAAAGCACACUGCAUAGUGUAUGCUUGUCUACAUCAUAAGCCCAGGUGUUUGAGAACAUUCUGCACACAGAGAUCCAUCUACUUCAUACUUCGAGAAUACAUCUCUGCCCUAAAUGGCCGCUAUAUCCAAAAAUAAUACUGUUUUGUAAUGCGGUUCUACUCCAUUUCACAUCUGUCAUACACACAAAGACUAAAUAAACUUUUUCAAUUUGAUUAAAUGGAAGAAGAAUAAAUAUUUAACAAAAUUCUUGAUGUGUACUUAAUGUUUUCGACUAAAAUCAUUGAUUUAGGACUUAAAAUGUCGGUCAACUAGCUUAGUGUCUGUUCUCAAGCGGAGCUAACUGUAGACAGACAGUCUAAGUUUACUAUGGGUUGAGAACAGUAGGAUGUUAAAGCAUGUUUCAUUUAUCUUCUAUGUAUUGUUGUCCAGGAGUACUUAUGCAAGUAAACUGUCCGAAAUAUGUUACAUCAUGUGGCUGUAUACUAAAUGUUUGACCUAUAUAUAAAUGGUUCUGGUUUAUAUGGAUGUUCUGUAGAUGUUUGACCUAAGUAUAAAUUAUAUAUGGUUUUGGUUUAUGUGACCUAUAUAUAAGUUAUAUAUGGUUCUGGUUUAUAUGGCUGUACUGUAGAUUGACCUAUAUAUAAAUUAUAUAUGGUUUUGGUUUAUGUGACCUAUAUAUAAGUUAUAUAUGGUUCUGGUUUAUAUGGUUGUACUGUAGAUGAUUGACCUAUGUAUAAAUUAUAUAUGGUUCUGGUUUAUAUGGCUGUACUGUAGAUUGACCUAUAUAUAAAUUAUAUAUGGUUUUGGUUUAUGUGACCUAUAUAUAAGUUAUAUAUGGUUCUGGUUUUUAUGGCUGUACUGUAGAUUGACCUAUAUAUAAAUUAUAUAUGGUUUUGGUUUAUGUGACCUGUAUAUAAAUUAUAUAUGGUUCUGGUUUAUAUGGCUGUACUGUAGCGUAGAUGAUUGACCUAUAUAUAAAUUAUAUAUGGUAUUAGUUUAUUUAUCCAUAUUUUAGACUAUAUUUUAUUUAGUUAUUUUGCUCAUAACAUUUGCUGACCUGCAGCCGUUAAUUUGGUGGGUUUUUUGAUUAAAAAUUUUACAGCAGAACCAAAAUUCAUUAAAGUUCCACAUUUCUUAUCUUUGGUGAGAACAGGGAUUGGAAUUCAGAGCUGAAAAGCAUUUAUGCCGAGUUAUUGCCCUUGAUCUUGAAAACUUGACAGCCAACUUUCUAAGCUAUUGGUGAGAGUAUAUUUGUUGCUCAGCGCUGUAAAAGCGGCCCAUACACGUUCAAUUUUUUCGUCAAUUGAUAUUGAGAAGAUAUUGAAUGUGUAUGGAGGACAUUGACGGCAAAUUAAUUGAAACAAUUUAAUUGAAUCAAUUAAUUGACGGAUCAAAGUUCCUUUGAUAUUUAUUGAUAGCACGUCAAUCAAAAAGACCGUGUGUGCUAGUGCUUUCAUCUCGAAAUUCUCGAUCAGACUGAAAAUUUACGCUAAAACAUUGAUCGUGUGUGGGCAAGGUCAAUUUCGCCAAUUAAUUGCCAUCAAAUUAUUGACGAAAAAAUUGAACAUGUAUGGGCCGCUUUAGUUUAUGAGAUAUUAAUUGAUCAUUUAGUGCCACUAAAGGGAUCAAUAUUAUGAAUGUUAUUUCAUAUGAGAUAUGUAGUUGUGUAAUUGUUAUUGUUAUAAUAUAUUUGAUCAUUCUAGUCUUCCAUUCUGUGUAUUAAUUUCAUUAUUAUAACAAUAAUUUUCCAUGAAUAAUUCAAAAUAUAUUAAUCCAAGCAUAACAAAAUGGAAAGUCAAAGGACUGAUAGUUUUUUAAAACCAUUAAUUGCUAUAUUCAGUGUAUUGCUGUUUCACUGUGUUAUAACUUGCCACAUACUGGACUAAAGAGCGUCAGAAAGCUGUUUGGAGCCAUGAUGAACUCUGCCUUAUACUGAGUCGCUAGUAUAAUUUUCAAAAUUUCUGACUGAAAGCUUUUGAGAAGAAUAACAAAGUAUUUUUUGUAUUUUCUUGUCAAAUUCUUCUUUCCACCCAAGUAAUAGAAAACAAUUCAGAUUGUAUUAUAACUAUAUGUAUGUUAACUAUCACACUUUCUGUACCAAUAAACAAACAUAGAAUACUA